ACAUUUUAUUCCCUUUAGUAUGAAGUGUUUAGCAAGUGGUUACAGGUAGGUGUUCAAAAGCCAGUAAAGAAAAUAUUUAAAAAGCUUAGGGACGAAUGAAUGCUUGAUAGAGGCUUUCUUUGCCUCUUGUAAUCCCAAUUAAAACUUAAAACAGCAGAACCAGUGGUUUUGACAUCACCUGAUGACCCGUAAUACUUGAACUGUAUAAAAACAGAGAAAUCUGGCUGAACUGAAGAGGACAUAGCAUUUCUAACUUUUUAAAGCCUUGUGUAUAGUGUAGAACUUUUGGUACUGAUGAAAACACCUGGACUACUUCUAAAACAUUACAUAUCCGCACAGAUGUUGGAAUGGUUUCACAGACUUUCUAGGCAGACGAGGCUCUUUGGGCAAACCUUUCCCAGACUUUCUAAGCCCCCCACAAGUGCUUGCUGUACGCAUGUUCACCUCGUGGCGUUUUCUUGCUGGUGGCUGGCUCCUGGCCUGCAGCGGAUUAAACCAGCGCUGGCGUGUCUUGCCACGCAUGUUCAGGCAGCAUUUGUGGAGUCGCUGUUGCUACUUCUAACAACACACUGGCACUUACACGUAGCCUGUGCCCCAUUGGAGGGGGUACGUUCUUUUAUGACGAGGUGAAAUCCAGCCAGCUCUUCUAUUCCCUUUAUGACGGCUGGGGCGUAAGCUCCUUAUUCACCGUCCUGUGGAAGAGUCGACUUCUGCUGCUGCACCAGGCGCUUGAGAAACGCACCGUCUUCACGCUCCUGAAUUGCUUAAUGACCCGAAGUGAAGAGCGUCAGCUCGGCGCACAGCUUGAAAGAGUCCGCAACCAUUCCUCUGUUCAUGAGCAACAAGGACGUGGCUGCGGAAGCGGUAACGGGCAGUGGCAAAACGCUGGCGUUUGUGAUUCCCGUGCUAGAAAUCCUUCUCAGAAGAGAAGAAAAGUUAAAGAAAACGCAGGUUGGAGCCAUAAUCAUCACGCCCACAAGAGAAUUAGCUGUUCAGAUUGAUGAGGUGCUCUCACAUUUCACAAAACAUUUUCCCCAGUUUAGUCAGAUUCUGUUAAUCGGUGGUACGAAUCCUGUAGAAGAUAUUGAGAAGUUCAAAGAACAUGGAGGGAACAUCAUUGUAGCUACCCCUGGCCGUUUGGAGGAUAUGUUCAGAAGAAAAGCAGAUGGGCUGGAUUUAGCACGUUGUGUGAAAUCACUUGAUGUGCUGGUAUUAGAUGAAGCUGACAGGCUUCUAGACAUGGGAUUUGAAGCAAGCAUAAAUGCCAUUCUGGACUUUUUGCCUAAGCAGAGACGGACAGGUCUGUUCUCAGCAACUCAGACUCAAGAAGUUGAGAAUCUGGUGAGAGCUGGUCUCCGGAAUCCUGUCCGCAUAUCAGUGAAGGAGAAGGGAGUUGCAGCAAGCAGCACCCAGAAAACCCCCACACGGCUUGAGAACUACUACAUGAUAUGCAGAGCAGAUGAAAAAUUCAAUCAGUUGGUGCAUUUUCUUCGACAACACAAGCAGGAAAAACAUCUGGUCUUUUUCAGUACCUGCGCCUGUGUGGAAUAUUAUGGGAAGGCUCUGGAGUCCAUGGUUAAAAAUGCGAAAAUAAUGUGCAUUCAUGGGAAAAUGAAGCACAAACGGAACAGGAUUUUCACAGAGUUUCGUAAACUCCCAAGUGGCAUUUUAGUUUGCACUGAUGUGAUGGCCAGGGGCAUCGACAUUCCAGAAGUAAAUUGGGUUUUACAGUAUGACCCCCCUCGCAGUGCAAGUGCCUUUGUGCAUCGCUGCGGUCGAACAGCUCGAAUUGGCCAUGUAGGCAGCGCGCUUGUAUUUUUGCUUCCCAUGGAAGAGUCCUAUGUUAGUUUUCUCUCAAUAAACCAAAAGUGUCCCAUGCAGGAAAUGAAACCACCAAAAAACGUGGUAGAUCUUCUUCCAAAACUGAAGUCUAUGGCUCUGGCAGACAGAGCAGUAUUUGAGAAAGGGAUGAAAGCAUUUGUAUCUUAUGUGCAGGCCUACGCUAAACAUGAGUGCAGUCUCAUCUUCCGAGUAAAAGAUCUGGACUUUGCAAGUCUUGCCAGAGGUUUUGCUCUUUUGAGGAUGCCAAAGAUGCCCGAGUUAAAAGGAAAGUCCUUUUCGGCCUUUAUUCCAGUCAGUUUUGACACGGACACCAUCACAUUCAAAGACAAAAACAGAGAAAAGCAGAGGCAGAAACUGUUAGAACAACAAAGAAAGGAAAAACAAGAAAAUGAAGGGAAAAAGAAAUUCAUACGGAAUAAAGCCUGGUCAAAGCAGAAAGCUAAGAAGGAGAAGAAAAGGAAAAUGACAGCUAAAAGGAAAAGAGAAGAGGGUUCUGACCUUGAAGAUGAAGACCUGGAGGAGCUGCUGAAUGAUACAAGACUCUUGAAAAGAUUAAAAAAGGGUAAAAUUAGUGAGGAGGAGUUUGAGAAGAGGCUGACGGGCAGUGAGAGAAAAGUCGAAAUGGAAGUAGUAACUGACUCAGAGUCUGAAGACUGACAGUCCUGGUCUGACUAUUCACCCCAUGGAGAUGCCACUUCUUUCAAUAAAACAAAUUUUAUACCAA